UGGGACUCGCGCAACUUCGAGGAACUUUUGAGCACUGUAGGUUGAACAAUCUCUGAUACUAAUUUCUAACAUGGCACGGCGUAAGAAAAAGUCGCUUUUCACGCAUAAGAAAGCCUCUAAACCAAAGUCUACAAUUGACCUACCCACCGAUGGCGAAUGGAAAACAAUGCAAGUUUAUGGCGAGUUUGUAGUUGUCGAUGAGGAUGGAAACCACCAUUCAUUCUCCCGUGACGAAACCGCGUUUAUUCUACCGGAAGGGAUGCUUCCGGACGAGAACCACCAUCCGACCACGUAUUGGAUUGGUAGAAUCAAAGAAAUUAGGGCAAGAAACCCCCAAGAUGUAUGGGCUCGCGUGCAGUGGUACUGGUCGCCUCGGGAAGUUGCCACCGUGAUCAAGUCAUUCGAUGUCAGCGGCUGUGGCCAAUAUGAAAAGAUUUACUCAGACUACUUCGAUUAUGUAUCAACGAGUAGCUUCUGUGAUCACGCAAGUGUUGCGAGAUACCAUGAACGCGAGGUCGAGCAAAAUGUUUUCGACUCCGAUGACUUCUACCAUCGAUACGACCUGGAAUACCGCGCUCGGAAAAUCGUCCCGAAGGUCACGUUUUCUGCUUGUAACUGCACUGUGCCUUACAAUCCCGAUCGAGACCCAGUAAUGCAUUUCUGCCCCCGUCCAGCUUGUCGAAUAGCUUUCCAUCAAGAGUGUUUGGUACUACCUGUGCCCAAAUUAAAUAAAUCUGCAAGGUUCCGAAAGUUCAUAGAAUCGUGGCCAGACACAGAUGAAAAGCUAUCGGUGGAAGAAUUGGUCGACUCACGGUCAUGCCGUAAAAGGAGAAAGGGAUUAGAAUCCUCGAUCUCGGAUCCCCUUGAGGAAUUUCCGGAAGAGCUAGUCAAGGCAGCUCAGCAACAGAUUGUAAAAGGUUUCCAAGCGGGGGGCGUUGUCGGGAACGUGAGAGAGGUGGUUGCGGCUCGUCGAUUGAUCUACAACAGCUUGCUUGACGGUUCGACGUUACCCGCUGACUGGAAGGAUAAGGUCGAUGUCGAAGCAGCUAUUCCCCCGAACAAGAGGAACUUUCCCGUGUUUUUGUGUCCCCUGUGCGAGAGUCCCAUUUGAUAAUAAAGGACAUUGCAGAGGGUUCUCGCAUAGAUAUCCUACUCAUACCUACGGAGUCACCGAUACCAUUUCGUUCUGCACAAGCUGCUUAAUCCCAGACAACUACCUAUGUAGCCAUAUUGACACCAUUGCAUAUACAGCACUAGACUAGACUACACUCUGUACAGUAGCCAAGGAAGUCACA